AUGACUAAAGUUCGUGGGACUGAUAAGGCGAAGAAAAAGGGCAAACUUGAUUCUGGACCGGAUUUCAAGAUAAUGGCUCAUGAGCAUGCUGAGUUUUUUGAUAACUUGAUAGAGCUCAUCCCUGCGAGAUUCUACCUACCCGAUGAGACAGAGAGGAAGUGGUUUCCAGGUCUAAGCAAGGCUCAGAAAGCUAAAGCCAAGAGGAAAACAAACGAAAACCUCAAGAGGGCGAGGAGGGAUAGGUUGGACCCUGAGAAGGCUUCUUUGUCGACUCUUGAUCUGCAGAAGAAGAAGAUAGAGAAGGAGAAAAUGAUUAGUAAGAAGGAAGAAGAUAGCAGCAAGCCUAAGACUAGUGGCUUUAAGAAAGAUGAGUCUGUGUCUCUUGACGAGUUGAGGCAACGUCUACACCGCAAAAUCGAUGAGCUUAAAGGUGGUCGUGGAGGCUCAGACGGACCAAGAAUCCAUGAAAGGAGGAGGUUGCUGCCAAGUAAGAGAAAGAGGGAGUUAGAUUAUGAGGAGAAGACUGUGGAGGAGAAUAAGUCAGCAGCAGAUAAAGGUAAGGGAAAGCUGGAUGUUGAAGAGGCUGCUAAGGACCUUACCUUUGGUUAUUUCAAGGUUGAUGACGAUUCGGAACACGGGAAAGACAAAAAGAAACGGAGGGUUUCAAAGGCGCAGGAGCUUGAAAGAGCUAUGAAGUUAGCGGAUGCGAAGAAGGAUCCAGAGAAAGGUGAAGUGAUUGCGAAGAAGCACUCGUGGCAGGCGGCGACAAGCAGAGCAGCUGGUAUCAAGGUUCAUGAUGAUCCAAAGCUGUUGAAGCAGAGCAUCCACAAAGAGAAGAAGAGGCACGAGAAGAACGCAGAGAAGUGGAAGGAGAGAAUUGAAGGACAACAGAAGGUUAGAGUGGAGAGGCAGCAAAAGAGAUCAGGGAACAUUGCGGAUAGGAUUGAGCAGAACAAGUUGCGGAAAAUCGCCAAGAGGGAGAAGAAGCUCCUGCGUCCUGGCUUUGAAGGCCGCAAAGAAGGGUUUAUCAAUGAAGGUGGAAAGUAA